AUGUCGCGAUACUCUUUUCAUCGCUGGCGUUCAUUUAGAGUGCUCAUUGCAUUCUUGCUUCUCGUUUCUGGUGUCAUCUCUUACAUUUACCUCAGCUCGAGGCCACCAUACACCCAUUACUCUUCUAUUGACAGAUUCGAAUUCGACACUUCCGAAAGGUUGUUCCAUGAAGCAGGCAAGCCGGGGAAAUAUGUGCUGUUCAAGCAGUUGCGGGGCGCAGGAUUCAAUAACCAGGCUCAAGAAAUUCUGUUGUACCACCAUCUAGCGUUACUUUCGUCUCGUAUCUACGUCUACCAGCCACUGGUUUGGCGGCCGCGUGGAGAACAGUCAUAUGUGCCCUUGUCGGCCUUUCUGCGUAGUCCAACCGAAGGAUCUCUGACCGUUACGUUCUUCGACCAUGCCUGUCGCCCCGAGGACGUGAAACACGUCACAUUGUCGCAGGGGAUUGGAUACAAUCAUGUUUGGGACCAUGCCUUAUCCGUGCUCAAUGGCCCCGAGAGGUGCAUCGUCGUUGACGACUGGAUUCUGAACUGGAACUAUCUCGCCUCGUCUGCAAUACACGCAAUAUGGCCCUCUUUCCACAAAUACCUCCGUGAAACCUUCGCGUGGUCGGACAAGAUAAAUGGCAUAGCGCAGCGCGCUUCCUCCGCUCUCAACUUGCGCUCCGGCGCGAACCCAACCGGGAAUCCAUAUAUCGCUUUACAUUUUCGUCGGGGUGAUUUCGAGGGGCACUGCCACGUUUUGGCAGAGCGCCAUGUCGGGUUCACGACAUGGGCGACUCUUCCACUUUUGUCGGAGUCGAUCUAUCCCCCUCAGCUCAACUCUAUGAACGAGACAUCGACAAUGGAACACUGCUACCCAGAUCUAUCCCGUAUUAUCGACAUAAUCGAUGAUUACGCGCGAUCGCGCCCACACCUGCGCACUCUUCAUAUUCUACACGACGGCGCAUGGGAUCAUCCGCUUGUUUACAUGCAAAAGUACAAACUAGAGCGCACUUUGAAGGACGCGGCGCGUGCUAAGGUGAAAGGCUGGGCGGGUGGGCCGAUUACGACGGUCACGGACUCAAGUAUGGUCCCUCUGGCGUGGGGGGAGAAAGAUUGGAGCGUGGCGGUCGAUGUGGAGCUGGCGCGCAACGCUGAGGUUUUCAUUGGAAAUGGGUACUCUAGUCUUAGCUCACAGGUCGUCGCGUUGAGGCUUGGGGCUGACGGUGGCAGUCCAGAAGACAUACGGUUUAUGUGA